UUCCAUUAUUCCUACAAAUAAUACAAAGUCAUUUUGCUUCACUUUACUUUCAUGCCAGAAAAUACAAUGAAACUACUUUCUCUCUCAAAUUGCCGACACAAAUAUUCCAUGUUUUAUCUACCUUGAAACUUUAUCAUCUGUAACUCAUCCGAACUUCUUUUCAGCUAUUCUCAAUUUGGUACUGAAUCAGCAUGAAGACAAAUACUCCUUGUUCCUAAUUCUGUAGUGAAUAAGCAUGAAGAAGAUCACUCCUUCUCAAUUUCUCUUCCUUUCACUCCUUCUGCUAUGCUUCACAUCCCUUGCUUUUGGACAAAAUAUCACUCACCCAGACGAAGUGAAAGCUCUGAAAGAUAUCGGCAACAUACUUGGUAAUAAGAACUGGGACACAAAUAUAGAUCCAUGCAGUAAUAAACCUCCCUGGAAUGUAAGUAUUGACAAAGACAAAGCCAACUAUGUCAGAUGCAACUGUUCUAUCUCCAUUGACGGCUUUUGUCAUGUUGUUUCAAUAAGGCUGAAAGCACAAAAUCUUACGGGCACGCUCCCACCUGAAUUGACAGGGCUACCUUACCUUGAAGAAAUUGACCUCACUCGCAAUUAUAUUAAUGGCACAAUACCUGUUGGAUGGGGCUCCUCUAAACUUCGCAUUAUUUGUUUUCUUGGAAAUCGACUAACUGGUCCCAUCCCUAAAGAGAUUGGAAACAUCAUAACCCUCGAAAGUUUGGUCCUUGAAUUCAAUCAGUUCACUGGAAAUAUUACACCGGAUCUUGGAAACCUUUCUCACCUUCAAAGAUUGCAUCUUACUUCUAACAACUUAACUGGAGAACUUCCUCAGACUUUGGCUAAGCUUACAUCAUUGAGAGAGCUGUAA